CAUGGGACAACAUCAACUUUUUCUGCUGCUCUUCCUGAGUGCAGAAAUCAACAUUGGAUCAACAGAAGAUCUCCCUACAGCUACAGUGGUGGUGGUGUCUCCUCAACCUCCACUCUAUCCUGGAGAUGUAGUCACUCUGAGGUGUGCUAUAGCAUAUCGCACCAUAUACACAGAGUGGCAUUAUUACUGGUACAGAAAUGGUUACGAAGAUCGCAGUAAGAACACUGAGUCCAUCAGCAUCAGACUCCCAGAGGAGGAAGGUCAGUAUGAGUGUGGUGGACUGAGGAAGAAUCAUCCAGAGAUAUCCUGCAGAAGUGCGCAGACUGAGAUUAAGUAUGAUGCUCCCCCUACAGCUACAGUGGUGGUAGUGUCUCCUCAGAGUCCUUUUUACUUUGGAGAGAGAGUCACUCUGAGGUGUAACAUAGCCAACUACACAGACUGGGGUCCGUACUCCUGGUACAGAGACAACAGCCCACUUCCCAGUCAAGCCAGUGAGACCAUCACCAUCACACUCCCACAAGAGGCGGGUCAGUACCAGUGUUUUGGACAGAGGAAGGAUCGUCCCCAGAUAUCCUCUACAAGUCCAUCUGCUGAAAUUACAUACGAUGUUCUACCCACAGCUACAGUGAUGGUGGUGUCCUCUCAGCGUCCUUUUUACUCUGGAGAGAGAGUCACUCUGAGGUGUGACAUAGCCAACUACAGAGACUGGGGUCCGUACUCCUGGUAUAGAGACAACAGCCCACUUCCCAGUCAGGCCAGUGAGUUCAUCACCAUCACACUCCCACAAGAGGAGGGUCAGUAUCAGUGCUCUGGACAGAGGAAUUAUAGUCCUCAUGUAUCAUCACAAAGUGAGCAUCAUCUCAUUGGGUGCAAAGAAGAAAAGCCAACUCCAACAAUUAGUACAGAAAGCGUGGCACCAGUGUUCACAGGAAACUCAGUUACCCUGAGGUGUGACAUGGGUCAGUCUACUGGAUGGAGAUUCUUCUGGUACAGACACACACAGACCUCUGAUCCUGUGGCCCAGACUGAUGGAGACUCCUACAGCAUCAGCUCUGUUAAAGUCUCUGAUGGAGGACAGUACUGGUGCAGAGCUGGGAGAGGAAAUCCAGUCUACUACACACAGUACAGCAAUGAGGUGUGGGUGAAGGUCACAGAAAGUCCCAAAGCUGUUGUAACCCUCCUGUCCAACUGGACAGACUUCUUCCAUGGAGAGAGGAUCAACUUCAGAUGUGACAUACAGGGAGAUCAACACGGACACUGGCAAUACAGCUGGUAUAAAAUAGGGAAUGUGGACAUAGGGACACCAAAUCCAUUACAUACCAAGCAAGAGUACACGAUAUAUUAUGCUAAAGAGUCCCACAGUGGUGAGUACAGCUGCAGAGGAACACGCAGUAGCGACCCACAGACAUCAGAGAUCAGCGCAUCUGUCAGAAUUGCAAUAACAGCAAAACCAAAGCCAGUUCUUAGAGGACCUCCACAGACCUGGCUGACUGAAGGAGACUCAGUGACGCUGAGCUGUGAAGUUAGAGGCUCCACUACAGGCUGGAGAUUCCACUGGUACAAGACUGCCCCCCAAAGGCCUGAGUUAACAUAUAUCACACAUGAGAAUGGAGGAUAUUAUGUAGAGGGGGUCUCAGACAGCAUCAGAGGAGCUGGAGGCUCCUACACUCUCAGCCCUGCUGCUCUUAGACACACAGGGGUUUAUGUGUGCAGAGCAGAGAGAGGAGAGCCAGCCAUUCCCACAAAGUUCAGCCAACCUCAGCCUCUCUGGAUCACAGGUAAUUCUCAUCCAUCCUCCCUGGUUGUCCAUCCCAAUACAAAUCAACAUUUUGAUUGGAAGUAUCUCUCCCUGAGCUGUGUGGGGAGCGUAUACUUAACUGGAUGGAAAUUGAGAUGGUUCUCAGGAUGGUCUGAGUAUAAAAUGUGUCCCAAUGGUUGGGCAGAAGCAGGAUCCACCUGUAGAAGAGAUAGAGUAUCUUCAUCAGACAGUGGAAUUUACUGGUGUCAGUCUGACUCUGGAGAGCAGAGUAAUCCUGUCAACAUCACAGUGCAUACUGGUGAUGUGAUCCUGGAGAGUCCUGUCCAUCCUGUGACUGAGGGAGAUCCUCUGACUCUGCGCUGUAGAUAUCGCCAUCAGCCAUCAAACAUCAGUGCUGACUUCUAUAAAGAUGGGUCACUCCUGCAGACCUCCACCACAGGAGAGAUGACCAUCCCUGCAGUCUCAAAGUCACAUGAAGGCCUCUAUAAGUGCAGCAACCCAGAGAGAGCAGAGUCACCAGAGAGCUGGAUCACAGUAAAUGGUUCAGUCCCACAUUCUGGGUCCUCUCUGCUGCUAACUGUGGGUGUUGUUGUUGGACUGGUGCUCAUGAUCGUUCUCAUCGUAAUACUGGUUCUGCUGUAUCGCUUCAAGAAGCUGAAAGCAGGUGUCAUACAAACACCACCUCUUGGCCAACAACAGCUCAACACCAGUCAGAAUCAGGACCUGAGCCAAUCUGCAGGAAAUGAAGGAGAUCAGUUGGGAUAUGAACCAUUACACAGUGGAAGCACAAACGUGUAUGACUCUAUUGGUACAGACGCUGCCUCAGCAGGACUGAACGAUGUGACAUAUGCCACCAUCGAUCUGCAGACCUCGUCUGACAAAGUCAAAAAGAAGAGGAAAAAAGAUGGAGGUAAACCAGAGCCAGACAUAGUUUACUCCAAGCUCAAAGCAGUGAAGGCCACAGGAGAAGAUGAUACAGAAGACAAUGACUUGACUUAUGUUCAGGUUACAGGAAAGAAAAAGGGUGUGACAACCAAAGUCAAAGAGUUCCAAGUAGAUGCGGUUUACUCUGAAGUGAAGCACCCAGCCUCCUCAGGUGUCUGAGAGAAUUCCAUGUUGUGGGCAUUGCUUCCCUGCCGGUGAAAACAAGAAAUCCAGAUAAUAUACAGUAUAUUUUUCUUACUCCAAAGUAUAUUUUGACAGUGGUGUUUGUAUCGCAGAAGGAUCAUUUGGGAUCAAUACAGGCUACAAGUACAUGUAAAUAAUUGCAUAAAACUGCGUUCUUAACGAUUUUAAGCUGUUCUUUUCCCUUUAUCUGUUUUUUCUAUUCAAUGAUUUAUGUCAGUCUUUGGAAGAGCAUCAGUUCUUUCAUUUCUUGUGUUUUUUUACUUUUUUUAGGUUGUAUUUGUUGUAAGUAGCCUAGUCUCCUUAUUGGUCAGUUGUCAAUAAAGUAAUUCAGACAUCUGUACAACUGUCAACAUCAUUCAGAGUUGUAGCUUCCUCCCUGAUGUGGACUUUAGAACAUUACUGGCACUAUGACAAGAGUCCUCAGUCCAGACAGCUCAGCAACAUCUGAGUGUUCAAAGCAUCCAGACAGAGCCCUUGGGCCCUUCAUAUGUUCUGUAUAACUAGAAAAAUAAACACGUUUUCAAAUUAUU